AUGACGGAGUUCCUCCGGCGAGGCGCGCCGGGAAUGAAGUCCGUGAAGGACAUGCCCAUAGUGCAGGACGGACCCCCACCAGGUGGUUUCCCGGCGGUGCGGUAUGCACGAAGGCUUCCAAACUCCGGACCUGCCGGCUUUACCCUGUUUGGUGUGGGAGCUGCUGUCAUGGCAUAUGGCUUCUACCAGGUGGGACAGGGCAACAUCAAGCGCCGGGAUGAGAAGCGGGAGAAGCUGGAUUCCCGCAGAGCUCUGGUACCGUUCCUGCAGGCAGAGGAGGACAGGAGGUGGGUGGCUGCCAACGAGGAGUUCCAGAAGAAGCAGAAGGAGAUCAUGAAGAAUCACCCCGAGUACAAGGCAGAGGAGAGCGUGUACAAGACGCGCUGGGUGGCACCUGCCCAGAAGGUGGGCUUCUGGGGCGAGGCAUGA